UUGCAAUGAGGUUCUUUCUGGUAUUUGCCAUAUUUGGUAUCUCUUUUGCUGCUCCUGGAUAUUUUUUCCACGGACCACCGGCUCAUCAGAGGUUUCUCCUGUACAAUCAAGAACCUCUGCAGAGACAAAUGACUGUUCAAUAUCAACCUCAGUGGAUGCAUCAAAUCUCAUCGAUGCCUGAUGGUGGAGUCUCAGCUUUUGUGACUGGCAAUUCAGGCUCUUCGAGCACUAUUUUUCAACCAAUUCCAUCAUUCACCGAGGAAUCCAUCGCCAAGGCUGAAGGAGUCACAGAAACACCUAAAAUUGAUCACAUCUUGGCCGAAUCUGAGGAGGAUCAGGAGGAUUUCCUUGAGAAGAGACCUCGCCCAAGGCCACCCACUCCCGAAACUUACUUUCCAGCGACUUUUGGAUCUGCCAGCGGCGCUGCCAUUGCCAUCGCCAACAGUUACAGCACAGGAAAAGGAGGAAGUGCCGUGAGUCACGCAACAGCUUAUGGCAAUCCAAUGGAGAAGAUGAAACCCAGAAACGUUGAACUCUCUUCUUGAGGGGGAUUUUCCUCCUAAAAUUAACAUGAUGUCACAAACUAUAAUUCCUUGCAUAAAC